ACGCGUCUUCCCAGUUCCCAACCCAAGCUGUACAAACUACCACCGCAAUGUCCCACCGCAACAAUGUCCACCCAACCCACCCAACGUACCCAACGUACUCAACGUACUCAACCCACACAAGCAAUCCCCACCCAAGCUACACCAGCAACCCCCUCCAUAUCGCCAAUCUUCAGCGCAACAACCACUUCCGCCCGCCAACUCUUCAACCUGCUAAAAUGCUGCGGCUUCCAACCGCGAGCACAGAUGGAGCUUCUCGCGGAAGGGAUCAAAGUAACCGUUGAAGACAGCCGUGUAAUGCAAGGGCACAUCCUCGUCGACCGCCACCUCUUCAGCAGCUACACCUUCACGCCGCCGCCCAGCGAAACCACCACCUCCACCACCAGCAGCAGCACGAGCACAGUAAGCUUCGGCAUCUCGUUCGCCUCGCUGCUAGAGUGCCUACAGAUCUUUGGCGCCGAGCGCGAGCGCGAGAAGUGGCACUCUGCCGGCGCCGCGGCGCCGCACAGCUCCGCGUUCGAUCAGCAGGUGCUUAGGAUCUCGGGGACCUGCAGGAUCUCGUACCGUGGGGUUGGGUUUCCGCUCGCUUUGAUGCUGGAAGAAAACGGCACCAUAACGACAUGCACGCUAUCGACAUACCCGGCGGAGGAGAUCGCGGACAUACCGCUAUCUUUAUCCUCGCUCGCGCUCAAGGUGAUAAUGAAAGCGAGCUGGCUUCAGGACGCGAUCCAGGAGCUAGAGGGGUCGAUGCCGGAGCGGCUAACGCUUGCUGCGAGCCCGCAGCGCAGCGGGCUGAGUCUCAGUGCCGCUGGAGCUAUGGGAAGUACCGAGGUCGAGUUCUUGAAUGAUAAGGCCCUGCUGCAGAGCUAUAGGUGCGAUAAGGAGGUGCUGAAUACGUACAAGUUUGCGCUGAUCAAGAAUGCGGCGAGGGCGAUGGCUAUUGCGUCGAAGGUUAGUAUCAGAGGAGAUGGGCACGGCGUGCUCAGUAUGCAGUUCAUGAUCGAGCAGGAGGGCGGGGUGGCUAGUUUUGUGGACUUCCGCUUCCUGCCGUACGUUGGCGACGACGAGGCGUACGAGGAAGACUGAAGGGUCAUUUCGCAACAUACACCAUAUUCUUC